AUGUCAUUAACUACCCUGUUUGAGUGGCUCCAAUUUGAACUCCGUUCAACUGACCUACUUGACUUGCCCAACGAGCUCCUGAUCAAGAUUGCAAGCUUUGUUGACCAUGAAGACAUCCCGGCGUUACGGCGGGUGUGCCAUCGACUCAACCUCGUCGCAUCGCCGUUCUUGAUCCAUACCAUCUCAGUCAAGCAGAGCCAAGAGUCUCUAGACCAUGUCCAACGCAUCCUCGAAAAACCACACAUUGCAUCUGGUGUACGUGGUAUUAGGGUCAACCUGGGCCACCGCUUCCACGCUCUCGUGCAAGACAAAUCGCUUUUCACCCAAGUCCUGGAGCGCCAAAUUCUGAACCAUUACUGGCUCCGUCAGGAUAGGCUUCCCUCGGAGUCCGACUCAGAAUACAACCGUCGGACUCUUCAAACGAGAAGAAAUACUUAUAUGUGUGAAUUUUUUAAGUGUGAAUAUGGCAGCAGGUGGCCGAACAUGCGAGUCGAUAAAACCAAGCCAAACGAUGCCAAGGAAAAGUACGAUCAGUUACUUCUAUUGGCAUAUGAGAGGUACAAAAAAGAGUACCAUGAGGUGACGCGUAUUGCAUCAGAAGGAUCUCUUGUUCGUGCUUUGGUCAAGCUGGCUUCCUUCGCGAGGCGCCCUGUCGCCCUCACAUUUGGGAGAAUCGACGGCUGGUACGCGCAUUUAGUGGCCCCGGGCCCGGGCCCAGAAACCACGUUCUUGGACUACAUGGCGGAAACCCCCCGCUUAUAUUCGGUGCCAACAGACUAUAGAAAGUCCGUGGAAGAUGACAUGGCAUUGCUGGAUGGGGUAAUUUGGGACCUCCCAAUCGCUCUCCACAAGGCAGGAUGCAUCAUCCAUGCCUUCGUUUUGAGAGAUGUCCUCAAGCUCCAGGGAGACACGGUGCUUUUUGCAGAUGCACUAUCAUCAAGCAGUGAUAAGAUGAACCAGCUCCGACAAGCCCUACAGAACCUAACUGAGUUUGGGAUUACCCGGAUGAUGCAUAUGAAGAUGUAUCAUGAUUCGAACCACGGUACAGAACCGCCUGCGAAACGUCUGAUGUUUGAGGAUUUGCUACUCCAUACGGCUGCGUGGUGA